UUCUAUAGGUCUUAGGGACGUUUAAACUACUUAUGGCAAAACAUAAAACAUGGGAAGUAACUGCAGCCAGAUAAUUUGCCAGUUAAAUGAAUAAAUCUUAUAUUGCACACCGCAAAAAUAACGGAAGCGAAAACGAUAUUUAUUAGUGAAAAUGUUAGUUUUAGUACUUGGGGAUCUACACAUUCCACACAGAUGUCCUGGUGUUCCCAACAAAUUUAAGAAGUUACUUGUCCCUGGGAAAAUUCAACAUAUUCUGUGCACAGGAAACCUGUGUACCAAAGAAUCAUUUGACUACCUUAAAACUCUAGCCAGCGAUGUGCAUGUUGUCCGUGGGGACUUUGAAGAGAACAUGAAUUAUCCAGAGCAGAAAGUAGUGACAGUGGGACAGUUUCGUAUCGGCAUAUGCCACGGUCACCAGGUUGUUCCAUGGGGUGACACAGAGAGCCUCGCCAUGGUUCAGCGCCAGCUGGACGUCGACAUCCUCAUAUCUGGCCACACUCACAAGUUUGAGGCUUUUGAGCAUGAGAGCAAAUUUUACAUCAAUCCCGGCUCAGCGACAGGUGCUUAUAAUGCCCUUGACAGUGAAAUUGUUCCAUCCUUUGUGAUCCUGGACAUCCAGCAGUCGACAGUGGUAGCCUAUGUGUACAAGCUCAUCAAUGAGGAGGUGAAGGUAGAACGAAUAGAAUACAAGAAGAACUGAAAGUACCGGAGUGAACCUGUUCAACUGACUGUGCACUCGAGCAACUAUUUUAGUGAACUUUAAAGUAACAAGUUUCUUGCUGUGAACUAGGGCUUCAACAGCCCUAAAAAUUCUGCGGAUUGGUAAACUGGUGAAUUUUUCAAUUUUUUUGGUAAUUUUUGAUGUUGAAAAAUGUAUAAUUUAUAUGUAGAACAUUCUACCUGGA